AUGGAUGAUUUGAGUGGUAUCGGGAAAGACAACGCCACCCUGGCAGAAAAUGUCGAAACUUCGGAUGGACGAAGUACUACGGCACAGAAUGAACUAGUCUUACAUCUGGAAAAGAAAAUCCUGGAGCUACAAGGAGAACUUGAGCAGGAAAAUCCAACUACCCAAAACCAAGCACCACCACAAAACACACAAAACCAAAAUCCACCGCCAAAUCCUCCUGCACCACACCAGUACCCCACAUCUCCUCAAAACCUUAAUCCUCCACCAGCACUUACUCCUCAACAACACCACCAUCAUCCAACUCCAUACCCACAAACUACCACUUAUCACACUACCCAGAAUGCACCGCAACCCACUCCUGAUCCACAAAACUCAACCAAUGACCACCCUUAUGCCUAG